AUGUCCGCCGAUGAUCGUCACAAGAGCAUCCGAGCCUUUGACGAAAAGGACUUGCCACAAGUCCUCAUCACCACUUACGCGCUGAACAUCGCCGGCCACGACGCACAGCACCGAUGUGCAACGGUACAUCAUGUCGAACCGGCCUUCGAUUGGGCCACGGAGCAUCAGGCAGGCACGAGGGUUUACCGAAUCGGCCAAGAACAAGAGGUUGAGAUCGUGCGCUUGUUCACCGAAGGAACUUACCAGGAGCUGCAUGAGGCGGGCAUGAUCAAGAAAGCCAACUCCAUGUUUGCCGCUUUUGGUGAGCUGCAAUCUGCAAGUGAGAGCCUCGAGGACCGGGAGAUUAUGACGACAGAGGAGAUCGCGAAAGGUGCAUUCGGCAUAGUCCGGGAUCGUGUGCGGGGCCGCGACGACAAAGACGUGCAAUCAGCCAAGGAGGACGUCAUCACCAAGGCGAAAGGCAAGGCGAGAGUACCAAAGCUAAAACUGGAGUUGCUGGGGUAUCAGCUGUACAACAAGGGAUAG